AUGUUGUCUACACUUCUUCCCCAGGCACCAACUCACAUCGACAAGCUCCCCCACGACAAGGAGGACGCUCCAGUGCCGCAAACCGAGCCUCUAACGGUCGACGAGCUUGUCCGCCACCGUGCAUCUCUCGGUUCAUCGCAACCCGCCGUCUACUAUCCUCGUACCGGCAUAGAAUACUCGGAAUUUCCUCUUCAACAACUCGAUGUCUUCGCCUACCGAGUCGCAAAGAUCCUAGCAGAGAAGAUCCCACCUCGGAAAACCUCAACAGAGUCGCCCACUGUCGUUGCACUGUUGGGCCCUUCAGACCUGAACUACCUCGUUCUACUUCUCGCUGUGACCAAGCUCGGCCAUGCCGGUUUACUCCUUUCCACCAGGAUAUCGGUCGAGGCUCAUGUGUCUUUGAUCGAGAGGACCAACGCGCAGCACAUUUUCGUCCAUGGAUCUCUUAAGGAUACUGCCGCGAAAGUCAGCGAGCGAGUUCCGGGAUUGGAAGUUCACGAUAUUCCAGGUGAAGAGAGCUAUGAUUAUCCCAUUCCGGGUGAACCCAUCGAUACGAAUCUCCUUUCCCACCUGGAUCCUGAAGCCGAAACAAAACAUCUCGCAUGGAUAAUCCAUAGUUCGGGCUCAACCGGGCUACCGAAGCCCAUCUUUCAGACGCAGCGAGCGGCCGUUAAGAACUAUGCCGGGAAUAUGAACAUGCGUGGUUUCAUCACCUUGCCCUUGUACCACAAUCAUGGGAUCUGCUGCUUGUUCCGGACGAUCUACUCGAACAAGACCCUGCAUUUGUACAACCCCCAGCUUCCACUCACGAGCCAGUACCUGGUUGAUAUUAUGCGGUCAUACAAUUUUGAGAUCUUCUAUGGGGUGCCGUAUGCGCUCAAGCUGCUUGCCGAAUCCAAGGAGGGCAUUGCGGCACUUGCCAAUCUCAAGGCUGUCAUGUUUGGAGGAUCUCCGUGUCCGGAUUCUCUGGGAAAUUUGCUAGUUGAAAAUGGGGUCAACCUCAUCGCUCAUUAUGGAUCGACCGAGACAGGCCAACUGAUGACCUCUAUGCGAUCGCGGGAUGAUAAACGAUGGGACUGGCUCCGUCCCUCUGAAGCUGUGAAAAAGUUCUUGCGGAUGGAAGAGCGCUACCCCGGCGUCUACGAGUCCGUUGUUCUCGACGGCUGGCCCUCAAAGGUCAUGUCGAACCGACCAGAUGGCGCCUACGCUACAAAAGAUCUAUUCCUCAAGCACCCCGUUAUCGAAGCUUACAAGUACUACUCCCGACUUGACGACACAAUCACUUUAGUAAACGGCGAGAAAGUGAUCCCACUAGAUUUGGAAGGACGAGUGCGGCAGCUCAGCGUCGUCGCAGAUGCACUCGUCUUUGGCAUCGGCAAGUCAAACAUCGGACUCGCAGUUAUUCGUGCGCCAGAAGCAGCAUCUUUAACAGACGAGCAAAUUAUCGAAGCUAUUUGGCCGGCAGUUGAAGAGGCACACGAGACACUGCCAGCGUACGGCCAACUAUCUAAGAACAUGGUCCGUGUUCUGGCUGCUGAUACUUCCUAUGCUCGUACCGACAAGGGAACCGUCAUCCGCCAGGCAUUCUACCGAGAUUUUGCCGACUUGAUUGAGGCAUCGUACGAAGCUGAAGAUGAGAUGACGGGAACUCUGGUCUUGUCUGAAGAUGAGUUGAAGGCGUUCCUGCGAAAUGAACUCCCUGCUAUUGUCCACGGCAGAAAUCCUGACGACUUCACCGAUGACGCUGAUUUCUUUUCCCUUGGGAUGGACUCUUUGCAAGCAACCCAGUUGCGGUCCGUGCUUAUCAAGUCGCUGGACACGAAAGGGCACAAGUUAGGACUGAACGUUGCUUUUGAGCACCCGUCUAUCAGCUCCUUAGCGCGUUACCUCUACUCCCUCAGUUCUGGGACAUCAGAGACUACUGCUUCGAUCGAGGAACAGAUGGCGGCUUUGAUCUCCAAGUACAGCGAUUUUGAGCAGCACGUUCCUCGCCCUAAUGGACUAAGCGGGAGAUAUAUCAUCGUAACUGGAGCCACCGGCUCCCUGGGCUGCCACGUCGUUGCCAAACUAUCCGCCCUUCCAGACGUGCAAAAAGUAUACUGCUUCGUCCGCGCCAGGUCUCCCCUCGACGCCUACGGCCGGAUUCUCGAGUCUCUUCGCGCCAGGCGCGUCUACGAGUCCCUCUCCACCGCAGCAAAGAACAAGCUCAUAGCACUCCCCUCCGACCUCUCCCAACCAGAUCUGGGCCUCGAUCCCACGACCUACAACACCUUAGCCUCCUCGCUCACAGACGUGAUUCACUGCGCGUGGUCAGUAAACUUCAAUCUACACCUCUCCAGCUUCGAAAAAGACAACAUCGCCGGCAUCCAGCACCUCGCAAACCUCUGCCUCAAGACGCAGCGGCCCGCACCCGCAACACUCAACUUCUGCUCCUCCAUCAGCGCCGUCGUCCGCUCACCCGAGGCCUCAAUCCCCGAGAGUCUCCCCUCAAGCCUCGAACACGCCCAGAACAUGGGCUACGCGCAGUCGAAGCUCGUAGCCGAGAACCUCUGCGUCAAGGCAUGGGAGCAAACGGGCCUGCGCGCCCGCGUCCUCCGCAUCGGCCAGGUGAUCGGCGAUACAGAGAACGGAAUCUGGAACACCACCGAGGCAAUCCCGCUGAUGCUCCAGUCUGCAAACACGAUCGGCGCGCUGCCGAAGCUCGACGAGUUCCACCGCUGGUUGCCCGUUAAUACGGUUGCGGGCGUUAUCGCCGAUAUCUCCCUGUCUGAGAAAGAGGCCGGCGCAGACGCAGACGCAGAGACGCAGCCCAUAUACAAUAUCAUCUCCCCGCAUCCCUUCCACUGGACAAGGGACCUCCUGCCCUCCCUGCGUGCCGUGGGUCUCGAAUUCGAGGAACUGGGCCCUCGCGCCUGGAUCAAGCGGCUGCGCGAGUCGAACCCGGAUCCCGUGGCUAACCCGCCGAUCAAGCUUGUCGAUUUCUUUGCGGGCAAGUAUGAUAAUGAUACGCCGAAGAGAGCUGUUGGUUGGGAGACUGACAAGACGGCGAAUGCUUCGAGGAUGUUUGGAGACGCAAAGGGGCUGGAGCAGGACAUUGUGGGCAAGAUGAUGGGGUAUUUUCGUGGGGUGGAUGGUUGGGGGAAAGGGAAAGGGAAGUCGGCAUGA